GUUCGCGCAGGAAGAGGAAGUACAUGGCCGCGGAUGCCCCGGAGCAGCAGCAGCAACAAAAACAACACCCUCAUUCGGUCACCGUCUGGGAUUUGUGUGGCUUUUUGGGUGCUUGCGGCGAGGACCUUGUGCAUUGGCGAAGCACGCAAGGCAGACGUCGGUGUAUUUUUGGGGGGGCCGUGUCGCCGAGGCGGACUUACGCUUGAAUGGCUGCUAGCCGGCUAGCAUUGAUGCACCUUUAACCUCUUGUGUGGAUUUGCACCAGCAGUAGUGAAUGCACUGGCCCAAUUGUCGUUCAUAAAGCACCUAUAGUGUGGCCGAGUCGCACUUUACCCGCACAUUACUCAUUCGCAUUUUUUAAAUUGUUAUUCGCGACCUCCGACGGGAGCGCCGUGUUAGCUUUCCGCAAACCCGAGAAUGGGGCGCUUUGGGCGGCCAUAACACUCGACGUCGACCGAGCCGUUAAGCUAACGUCGGCCCGGUAACGCCACACCAACGUUCUGUUCAAUCCUGAAUAAAGUUGCGCCUAAUUGGUUAUUUUUGCGCGUUAAAUUUGUAAAUACAUUAGGAGCGGCCAAUGUUGGUUCACCUGCCAGGCAGCCAGCUAGCAGUCGACGUCCACCUCUCGCGUGUCUGUUGUAAUUUCCCAACAUUUCAUGUGCCAAGGUACCUAUUUUACAUGAGAAAAAAAAAUAAUGGCCUUUUACCAAACAUUAAAGGCACAAAAAGUGGCUACGCACUUUAAUUUUGUACCUUCCGCCAUCUAGUGGAAGAACAUUUAGUUGUUAUGCGUGUCACUAUACAUCGCUGGCGUAGAUGGAUGAAAAUAAGAUGCAUUGUAUGUUGUCAGUAAAAUAAUUUUCAGACUAAUUAUGUGGAAUUGGGUCGUUUCCCAACACGCACCGGUUGGAAAUCGCUGGGCUGCAGUGUGCUCCUCGAGCUAAUCUUGCUCACGAGCCUUCGCUUGGACAUGUUGAAGUUUUAAGCAAUGUGGUGUUCUCUUCAUACUGACCGGCAAAGUGUUGCGACAUAUGUGGACACGAGCGUUUGUUUUAUGGAUGAUGGAUACGAGCGUGAGCAUCCGCGCGAGAGCGCCGGGAGGAAAAUGAGCAGGUUGUACAUGUCAGUGUUGUGAAACGGAGCUGUUUGCGAGUGGAACAUGGCCGUGACGAGGAAGGCGACAGCAGCGGUUCACUGACUGAAGACAUGAGUGUCCGCCAGCCCACCUCCACCCUUGACAGCCCCUUCGCCGCUUGGCUCAGCAGUCUGACCACCGGGGACUCGGAACGCAAGUCGUCCGCCAGUCAGCAGAGGGACCCGCUGGCCGACGUCCCCAGCGAGCGCGCGGGCGCCGGCUUGGUCCAGAGAUGCGUGGUGGUGCAGAAGGACCAGCUGGGUUUCGGCUUCACCGUGUGCGGCGAGCGGGUGAAGCUGGUGCAGAAUGUGCGAGCAGGCGGGGCAGCCGUCAAGGCCGGAGUCCAAGAAGGAGACCGAAUCAUAAAGGUGAACGGUUCGCUCGUGUCCUCCAUGUCCCAUCAGGAGGUGGUGAAGCUCAUUAAAUCUGGAACGUAUGUCGCGCUCACCCUGCAAGGACCCCCCCCUUCGCCGUGCUCCUUCCCCGCUGAUCCCACACCCAAUCAGAGGACGCUUCCUAGCGUUGAGGCUCCACCCCCACCACCUUCACUGUCAGGACUGAGCGGCACUCCCUCUCAAAGAAUCACUGGACCCAAACCGCUCCAGGACCCCGAGGUGCAGAAGCACGCCUCUCAGAUACUUCGGAAGAUGCUGCACCAGGAAGAAACGGAGCUGCAGGUCUUAAUGGAGGAGCAGUCGCGGAAUCCGUCGCCGUCUCUGGAAGAGCGAAUCGAAAGCGCCAAGAGGCGAGCCCGUCAAGUGCGCGUCAAGCUUCAGCAGGACGCAGAGGGAACGCGGUCGGAAUGCGUCAACCGCGCCGUCACGGGAGGCGAAGCAGGACGCUUGUCGCUGGACUCGAGCGAGGGCGACAUGGAGGCCUUUGAAAGUCCCCACUCAUCCCCCUCAUCUUCCUUCCGGAGCUUUCUACACCGCCGGCAGAGCUCCAACACGUGCCCGCUCUCUGAUUCGAGCGGCAGAGCCCAGAUCAUCGGGCCUGAGGAAGAAGACGAGGAAGACGACAAUUACGUGUUCAAUGAGAUGGACGGCCCCUUCCAGGACAUGGAGCUGCUGAAGUUGCGGCCCGCCCACAUGACCAUCUUCCUUAGAUACGUCUUCACGCAGCUUCUGGACCCCAACCCGCUGCUCUUCUACCUGUCGGUGGAGGCUUACCUGGGCGCCGCGCCCAAAGACGCCCGCUCCCUGGCUCCGCAGAUCUGCUCCCAUUUCCUCGAUCCGGACGCCCCCUUGAAGCUCAAAGUACCAGAAGACUACCUUACAGACAUCGAGAGCCGCUUACACUCUCAGGAGGACGUCCGCGGGCCGCUGUGUGAGCUGCAGCAGCAGGUGCUGCCCCACAUCCAGGACCAGCUUCUGGACUACAGGAACAAGCAAAUGAUGGGCCUGGGCGCGCUCUUUGGCGAAACUGACCUGCUGCUGCUGGACGGUGACCCGCUGAAAGAGCGUCAGGUGGUGGAAAAGCAGGUCACCGCCCUCUGGGAGAUCCUGUGCAAGCACGAAGAGGACAGAAGCUCCCCGCUGGCGUCGGCCGUGCUUCUGUACCUGCGCCACGCCGGCGUCAAGCUGCGAGACUCCAAGGCGUUCCCCGGUUUGAGCACCGAGAAGGAAAAGUGGCUCACGUUCCUCAAGACCAAAAAGCUGAGUGGCGCCAAGAAGGAGAAAGACGGCGAGGACAGGAAGAGGAAUCCCAUCCUGAAGUACAUCGGGAAACCUCGGAGCGCAUCGCAGUCCACAUUCCAUGUCCCGUUGUCCCCUGCCGAAGUGCGACUAGGAAGCGUCAGGAACAUCAUUCAGCAGUUUGAGAACAACUCGGAGACCGGAGCCGAGGACGGCGGCGACCCGCAGGUGGCGUUGUCCGGCGGGCAGGGUGAAGACGGCGUGGCCCGCCCGACGGCCUCCGUGCGUCUGGCACGCAGCGAGUCUUUGAAGGCUCAGGGCGAAGGUCGGCGGCGGGGCGUCGCGUCAUGCGGCGAGUCCGUCCCCCGCUCUCGCAGCGACGUGGACAUGGAGGACCCCGGUGAGGAGAGGGACGGGCCAGGCCUCAGACUGCAGCACAGCGCCUCGUCGUCGGCGUCCGGCAGCUCGGCCAGAUCUCUGGAGAACCCCACACCGCCGUACACGCCGCGCUCCAUCCGCAGGAGCAUGGAGUCGCCGCUGACCCUGCUGCUGGACGCCGGCGCCCCCGAGGAGGAGGCGUGCGAGGGUCAGAACUGGCAGGAGACUGUGCCACCUCAGCUCUUGGCCACGCUCGGCCCGAAGGAGGUGGAGCGCCAGGCGGUCAUAUACGAGCUCUUCACGACCGAGGCGUCGCACCUGCGCACACUCCGAGUCCUGGACCAGGUCUUCUUCCAGAAGAUGCGAGCCGUGCUCAGCGCCGACGAGCUGGCCUGCAUCUUUCCCAACCUGCCGCAGGUCUACGAGCUGCACGCCAGUCUGUGCGAGGCCAUGAGGAAGCGGCGAGAGUCCGUCAUCGUUCAAGACAUCGGCGAUGUCGUGUUGGCGAGGUUUGAGGGUGCCGCCGGGGAGGAGUUUCAGGAGCAGGCGUCCCAGCUGUGCAGGCAGCAGUCUCAGGCGCUGGAGCUCAUUAAGAGCAAACAACGCAAAGACCCCCGCUUUGCCCACAUUGUCCAGGAGUGCGAGGCGAGUCGCCACUGUCGCCGUCUGCAGCUCAGAGACCUGCUGGUGUCCGAAAUGCAGAGGUUGACCAAGUACCCGCUUCUUCUGGACAACAUCAUCAAGCACACCGAGGACACCUCCGCCGACCUUCCCGCCCUCCAGCGGGCGCAGGCCUGUUGCCGUGGAAUCCUGCAGGCGGUCAACGAGGUGGUCAGGGAGACUGAAGACCGCCACCAUCUGAGCAAGUACCAACGCAGACUGGAUGUGGCGCCACAGUUCAAGGGUCUGGACCUGAGCACCAAGAAGAUGAUCCACGAGGGUCCGCUCGUCUGGAAAGUCAGCAAGGACAAGCAGUUAGACAUCCACGCGCUGCUCCUGUCCGACUGCCUGCUGCUGCUGCAGCGCGGCCCCGACGAGCGUCUGCUGUUGCGUCACCCGUCCCGCUGGCUGGGCGGGGGCGGCGGAGACAGCCCGCUGGUCAAGUUGGACUCGCUGCUGGUGCGCUCGGUCGCCACAGACAACAAAGCGCUCUACGUCAUCAGCGCUACCGAGAGGCAGAUCUACGAGCUGGCGGCGGGGACGGCGUCGGAGAAAAACACCUGGAAGGACUUUUUGGAGAAGACCGUCGCCUCUGCUGCCAGCCCACGCCCGAGCAAUUACGGCUCAGCGGCCACUGCCUCUCCCAGUCUUGGCACUGCAUCCUCGGUGGCAGGUGCGGGCUGCGCCUACGCAGAAAACGCCGCGAGGGCCCGGAACGACGCCGCGGCCGUCUCUGCGGCUUGCGGCCGGUCGGGAGAACUGUACCGCCGUGAAGGACACGCCGUGGGUGUGGCAGAUGCGGCGUUGCAGGACGUGGAAACGCUGCGGCAGCUCCUCUUCCUCGACGCCCACGAGGACGGCUGGAGCUCCGCCUUCCGAAGCCCGGCCGACGCGCAGAAUCUCCACGGCGCUCAGGUCGUAAGAAAGGCGAUGGUGGCAGCUUCUUCUUACUCUGUCCCUGAUGACAUCACUGAUGAUGUCAUGGCAAAAUCUGAGCAGUCGCCGGCGAGCCGGGCCGCAGCGCACGGUAAUGGCGACCCCCACCCGCCCGCGCGGCGUUGUCGUCUGAUCGGUCGUUUUCCAUCUCGAACAGGAAAUGUAUUUUACCUGGUCGCGCCCGAACGGCGAGGCGAGAGCGCCGCCGACCCGGCGGACGGAGAAGCGGAAAGCGACGUGUCGGGGAGGUGCGGCGAGGAGGCGUUGCGGCAGAGUCACGUGAUCAAAAACGUGGAGGAGGUCUUCCACACCAUCGAGAACUUGAUGAGCAAGCUGCGUCAGCUCAAGGACAUCGAGGGCGAGCACCGCAAACUGCUGACGUCGCUCCGGGAGCCGUCGGCACGUCGGGAGGAGGAGGAGGAGCGGGCGUGCCGCCGCCGCGCUCCGGACCGCGGCUCGGCGGACGGCAAGGAAGGAAGUCCCACCCAGCCCAGGAUUCAGUCCACUGGAUUGUGAGAGCCACUGGAAGCACCCCAAAUGGGACCUCCAGUCACCCAGCACUUUAGCCACAAUGCAGACCCCCGUCUCACCCUUAGCCCGCUUGACUGCGUUUGGCUUGUCUUAGGCCAGCGGUUCUCAAACUGGGGUCUCCGAGCCCGGAGCUUGCAAAACAAUUUGCCGUAAAUUAUUAUUAUUAUUAUUAUUUCGUGUCAUUUACUCCAAAAAGUGCAUACCUACUGUACAAAUGGGGACCGGCCCGCCAAUAUAACAAAUGUAAGAAACCAAUCCCUGCUUUGGGUCUAUAAAGGCGCAAUAUUAGAAAAAUAAAGUUGCUUUUUUUUUUUUUUUUUUUAAAUGCACUUGUUAAGAUAAGACUUUAUUCCCCCAGUAAACAUUUAGUUGGCUGUUAAUAAUAGUUUGGUUUUAACUUUGAAAAAUGUUUAUUCUCAUAAGAUUACCACUCAAAUACAUCUUUUGUUCUUGUAAAGAUGGAUUUUAUUUUAAUUAUUUUUUUUUUUUGGGGGGGGAAAUACAAAUGGAUUUGUCACCCCCCCCCCCCCAAAAAAAAAAAUAGGCCACUUUUUAAUUCCUGAUGGCACUUCGGGGUUUCAAGUGGUGGUAAUGUUUCAUCGGCGUUAGGAUUAUGAGGGACCCAAAAAGUUUGAGAACUCCUGUCUCAAAGGCCACGGCCUCGACUGACUGAACUUCUUAGCGGGAAAAACAAGCUGUGCAAAGAUAUGCUAAGCUUUCCAGCUCCUGCUGGUGGGCUUUUUGAAAAAACAUUUUUUAUUAUUAUUUUUUUUUUGCUUACUGUUGUGUUGUGGAAUCACGAAGAAAAGCCACGCUGACGCGUUUCACUUCCGAGCUGACGGACUCUACCAAAGUAAAAAAAAAAAAAAAAAAAAAAAAAACAACAGCAUCUACCGAGUGUGACGAAGACCGGAACUGAUCGGUGAGUCUACCUCCACGGCCGCAAGCGGGCGCUCUUGACGUCGUGUUGUCGUUCUCAAGGAGUUGCACAAGUGAAGCUACUGUAAGUUGUCAUGUUUUCUGUGUUCGUGACAUUCAAGUCACACAACCGACGUGUUGUUGUUGGCGAUGGUUGUAUGAAAAAGCCAUUUGAGCAACUAUUCGGUAUCCUUGAAAUCCAUUUUAAGGGCCCUGUAGUUCUCCUCAUACAAUUGAGUGCGCCACCAUUUAGAACUUCUCUUUUAUUUCUCAUCACAGUUGUCAGCUGAUUUGGGUCAGCGCGCGCAGUCCAGCUCGUACAACGUGCUUGCCUUUCCAAAAUAAAUCAUGUCAUUCAGUACAAACCAUUGAUGCAAGAAUUAUUUCGCCCGGUGCCAUUGCGCGCACGCACACGCGGUCCUAGUUUUCGUGGACCGAACCUGAGAAAUAAAGCGGCCGUUGGCGACAACAUACAAAGAUCGACUUCACGUUAAGUCUCAUCCAUUCAACGAAAUGAAAUGUUCACAGUUUCGAAACGUGUUUGUGUGCUUUCCCCCAUCAAAAAUAGACUUUGUUUUAUGAAUUUACAAUAUGUGUGUGUAUAUAUAUAUGUGUGUACAGUAUCUCACAAAGUGAGUCCACCCCUCAGAAUUUUGUAAUUUAAAAAAAAAUAAUAAUAAUAAUUUCAUGGGACAACACUGACAAAACGACAAUUCCCUGUCCCGUGAAUGUGCCGGAAAACAUUGCCCAAUCCAAAUAUUGACACUUUGGGCCCAAUUUGGACAUUUUCUCCUAGGGGGUGGCCUCACUUUUGUUGCCUGCGGUUUAUUCAUGAAUGGCUGUAUAUUUACGGUUAUGGACGCUUUACGCUGACCGCAUUGUAGCAAAGCGUCAUUUCACUUCAAUGUUGUCCCAUUAAAAGAUAUUUUAAAAAAUUCCAAAAAUGUGAGGGGUGUGCGAUAAUGUGUGUGUAAUAAAAAAAGAAACACAA